AGGCAAGCCAAGCGGACCCCGGAAAAGCAAGUCAUCCGCAGUACGCAAGCGCGAGCCUGCAAAGCAGACGGCAGGUCUCUUCAGGCCCCGCCCCUCCCAGCCUCGCCAGGCUCCGCAAUCGAAUGUAGAGAUCAUCGCUCCAGCCAGGCUGCAAGGUCGAUCUCAGCGAUUCCUGAGACCCGGGCCUGACGAUGGCGGAGAAGACUCAAAAGAGCGUGAAGAUUGCUCCCGGAGCGGUAGUGUGUGUAGAAAGUGAAAUCAGAGGAGAUGUAACCAUAGGCCCUAGGACGGUGAUCCACCCUAAAGCACGAAUUAUUGCCGAGGCCGGGCCAAUAAUCAUCGGUGAAGGGAACCUAAUAGAAGAGCAGGCCCUCAUCAUAAAUGCCCAUCCAGAUAACAUCAUCCCAGACAAUGAAGACACAGAACCCAAACCUAUGAUCAUCGGCACCAACAACGUGUUUGAAGUCGGCUGCCAUUCCCAAGCCAUGAAAAUGGGAGACAAUAAUGUCAUUGAGUCGAAAGCAUAUGUCGGCAGGAAUGUCAUCCUGACCAGCGGUUGCAUCAUCGGGGCUUGCUGCAGCCUGAACACCUUUGAAGCCAUCCCUGAGAACACUGUGAUCUAUGGGGCAGACUGCCUGCGCCGGGUGCAGACAGAGCGGCCACAGCCGCAGACACUCCAGCUGGAUUUCUUGAUGAAGAUCUUGCCCAAUUACCACCACCUGAAGAAGACGAUGAAAGGCAGCUCGACUCCAGUCAAGAACUGAGGGGUUGUCAGGGUGGUGCUCCGCCUCUGCUAGCUCUCAAAGGGCCUGGUGUGUUGGCCUCAUCCUGACUUGACACUGGGAACUUGAGUUGGAGAGAGGUGGGUCCCACUGCAACUAGCGCUAUAAUUUAUAUGGACUAUAUUGUUUCCCUGUCCUUGUCCUGGUAAUGUAUAGACUUAGCUUUUCUUUUAUUAUACAUGCAUUUAUUGUAUAAAAGACUACCCAUGAUACCAUGUCAUAUUAUGUGUUUGUAUUCUAAUGUAACCAUAUGCCAUAACUAAAUAAAAGUUUGGCUACUUGCAUUAAUCUCCCCAAA